AUGGCAUCCACUACCACCACCACUCCCACCACUAUCGACAAAACCAAGCCCUACUUCCCCCUGGCCGGCCUAGCCACCGACGGCUGGUCGACCGAAGACGAAGCGACCGCGACCUGCUUCUGCGGCGCGGUGCAACUGUCCUUUCCCACGCACGGCCCCGGCUUCGUGGGCUCGUUCGUCUGCAACUGCUCCGACUGCCACAAGCUGACGGCGUCGAUCCACGCGACCAACUUCACCGUCUACGACACGCACCUCAAGCACCUGCGCGGCCAGGAGAACCUCAAGACGUUCGGGCAGUCGCGCACCGUCUUCUUCAAGACCCCGGGCCAGGACAACACCAUGACCAACUACUUCUGCAACACGUGCGGCUCGCUCAUGUACCGCGUCGGCGCCGCUUUCCCCGGCAUGAGCAUCCUGCGCGUCGGCAGCGUCGACGAUUUCUCGCUCCACGAGACGAAGUUGAGGCCGACGAUGGAGCAGUUCACCAAGGACCGCCCGUCGUGGAAACUGCCCACCGAAGGGGCAACGCAGUUUGUGGAGGACGGUCUCCAUGUCUGA